GCAAUCCAAACACACUCAAAGUCACCUGGAAUGUGGGACAAGGGGCACGGACGAUUGCACUCACCAACGAUUUUGACCAUUUUCAACCGUGAGUAACUUUGGUUGCACAGGACGUAAUUUUAUUUUGCACAACUUGUAAUUUUAGUACAAAAUUUUAUAAAUCUCACACAUAAUAUGAAAAUCGAUGCACAACUUAUUAUCUGAAUCGCACAAUUUAUUGAGAUCAAAUCAUGACCGUUAACCGCUCAGGAGCGGUCAUUCUGGUGACCGCUCCUGCCCCGUUCCCUGGAAUGUGAGUGGUUGAAAUCAUUAUUGAAUGUCGAUACAUCCGUCACGGACUUGAAUACCGUUUGCUUUUCCCGUUCAACAAAGUCCCAUUUUUUGACCCACGUACUGAUCACGCGGCUGGACUACAGGACUCGUAUCCCCGACUUUAGCCAAGAAGCGUUUCACUCUAGCACCUCCUAGUUUCCCGUGAGAAUACAAUAGCAGUAGCAGCGGCAGCAGUACAGGUAAGACUAGGGAUAUAAGAAGGAAACCGGAUCAGUUUCUUGCAGUCUAUUUCACAGGAUCUAUUAGCCAAAAUCGACCAAAUCUCGGAACUAAUUCCCACCACUUGAUCGCUAAACACAGCAGGUAGCGUCUAAUGACCAUGGAUUCAAGAACCACGACGACGACGUUGUGCAUCUUCUUCGUCUCCCUAGCACUCUUGUCAAGUUCGCCGGCGAUGAGCGACGACGGUACUACUCCAACAGUGUACCAAGUGUUGCAAGAGUACGGGUUCCCUGUGGGUAUUCUACCGGAGGGGGUGACUAGCUAUGAACUGGACAGGAGCACCGGCAAGUUUACCGUCUACUUGGACGAGACUUGCAGCUUCACCAUAGAUGGCUACAAUAUCAGGUACAAGUCAAAAGUAACGGGGGUCAUAUCCUAUCAACGUCUCACGGACUUGAGCGGUGUCCAAGUCAAGGUCCUCUUCUUUUGGCUGAGCAUUGGAGAGGUGACCCUGGACGGAGACGAGCUGGACUUCUCCGUUGGGAUCGCUUCUGCUGAUUUUCAUGUGGACAACUUUUAUGAGAGUCCCCAGUGUGGCUGUGGAUUUGACUGCGUCAACGCCGUUGGGGACGGAAUCGGAAUGUACGGAAGCGGCUCCAAGUUUAAUUGGAGGCGCCUUUUCUAUCCUUCUUGAACAGCACCGGUCAUCUCUAAAGGAAUGUGGAUGAACUUGAGUGCGCAGUAUCUGUGAUUCGUGAAAACAGGAUGAACCUUUUCAGCAUCCGGGGGAAGACGAGUUGCGGUUCCUGUGGCUUUUGGUUUAAUUGGAAGGAUCAAUUGGUUAGUAGUUAAAGCAUAUACUGUAAAUUAGGCUCUGGUUAAUGAUCCCAAGUCUCAAACUGCCUGUCAGAUUCAACACACACACAUGCAAAAAUAACACAUUUGACAGAAACAAAGAAUAAUGGGUAACCACCUAAUUGCUUUGGUCGAUUAUCACAUGCAUCAAGAAUAAUGUUGAUUCUUGAGCACUCCCCGUGCCAACUUUCUCUCUUUUGGCUCUCCCGAAAGGAGCCGUUCCUGGUGGCCUCGCCACUUAUCAAUCCUUAAGCUCUGUGGCAAGAGGUGGUCAGAAUGUGUUCAUUGUUUUUGCUGCUUGUGGAACUUUACCAUGAAGGUUCCCUUCCCGAAUUCCACUAAUCAAAUACACUGAUCUGUGAU